GAGGGCUGAUCUUUUGUUUGUUUUGAAGCUGCUGGCAGGAAAGCGGGGAGGAGAAAAUUACCUAAGUGAUAGCGAGGUUGCCACGAACUGUAUAAAAACUGGGAAAUCAAAGCCCAGAAACUCCACCUCGCCGUCCCGGAGCACAAGCACAACCCCUGAAGAGAAACCCACCCCAGCAGCUUCGAGUGAUCUCAAAGGCUUGAACUCCAACCAAGCCGCAUGAGCUCAGAGCUGCUGCGGGACUGAGCAGCCCAGGAGCUGCCCCGGAGCGGGGAAAGGCUUUGGGAAUCCCACAGCCAUGGAGUGGGGGCAGCUCCUCUGCAUCUUCUGCCUGCUGGAGCUGGCUGGCUGCGCUGCCGGGAGCCCCACGGCCACCCCCAGCCCCACAGGAGGGGACAGCAGCCGAGGGACAGCGGGGGACAGCGCUGCCACCGCCGCCAGCACGGCCACGGGGGACAGCAGCAGCGCCAGGCCAGCCUCUGCCACCGCCACCUCCGGGGCCACCACGGCAUCCUCAGAGCUCUUUGGGCAGCUGAACAGCAGCCCCCAGCCCAGCCUGGCACCCACAUCCCUGCCAGGCUCCUCCCUGGGCCCCCAGGGCAGCCCGGGGGUCCCCACGAGCCAGAGCCCCCCGACCCAGCCUGGGGACAGGGCAGAGACCUCGGGCACCCCCAGCCCUGCGGGCACCUCGGAGCACCCCGAUGUCACUGGUGCCACCACGGCCCUGCCCACGGGCAGCACCAGCCCCAAGGCUGCCAUCAGCUGCCACAGUGCCAGGGACGAGGGUGACACCACCGGGGCCAUCUGCCUGCAGCUCAACGAGUCCAGCACCUGCGAACACUUUUUGGAGAGGAAGGGGUCAGAUUUAUGGCAAGCAGUGUGUGAAAACAGAACCCACAGCGUGGAGUCCCCCUGUGAGAUCAAACUCACCCCAUCCAGCCUGGACAGGGACUGCUUGCUCCUCAUCCUCAAAGGGGAGAAAGAUCCUGACAAACUCCUGAACACGCUCCAGAAGUCCCACUGGGAAAAGUUGGGAAUAGCAUCCCUGCAGAAGGAGGGCCCGAGGGGCCGCCGGGACUCGUCGCGGAGGACGCUGAUCGCGCUGGUGACCUCGGGGCUGCUGCUGGCGCUGCUGGGGCUGGCCGGCUGUCUCCUGAUGCGGCGGCGCAGCUGGAGCCCCGCGGGACAGAGGCUGGCUGAAGACCCCUAUGACACGGAGAACGGCAGCCAGGGGAACACCUUGCUGAUGUCGCCCUCGCAGGAGCCGGCGGAGCUGCAGGAGAAGCCGAACCCGCCCAACGUGAACGGGGGCAGCCCGGAGAAGGGCACGGGCCCCGCGGCCUCGCAGAACGGGCACUCGGGCCGGCAGCACCGCCCCGCCGACACCGAGAUGUGACCGCGCCCGCAGCCCGGGGCUCGCAGGAGAGCUCUGCGCACCGCAAACCUUCUGCAUCCUCAUCAUCGUCCCUGUGAAGGACUCCAAAAUCAGCCCAAAGCACACGGAGAGCCAGAGCUGCCAGAGAGCGGCUCAUUCUCCUCCUCCUCCUCCUCCCGCUGACCACACAGGACAGUUUUGUGCAGCUGUUCUCUGCUUUUGUUGUCAGAAGAACACCAGGACAAAUGGCAGCGGCCUUUGGCCUCCCCAGCUCUCCGGCAGAGGCAGAGUUUGGCUCCAGGCAGCCCAGGUUUCUGGUAGCAAUAUGUUAAGGCUGUCCAAAGUAGUUAAAUUUGGAUUGCAGCGACAAAAGCCUCUCAGGUUUCAGAUAGUUUUGGUUAACAGAGUUGUUUAUAAUCUCAUCUUUACGUUUAAGUGCAGGAUUUCUUCCUCUUCUUCCUCAGGCAUUUAACCCCUUCCUGUCUUUAGGGCUCCUCUAUUUCCUACCCCAGCAGAAUCUGCUGAAGCUGUGUGCAAAACUUUCCACGUGGAAUUGAAGGCUGAAAUGUCAACUUCUUUCUCUUUGAACCCUACCAGGACUGUGUCCCAAAGGUUUUUUAGAGGGGAAAAACCUUCCCCAGCCUCCUCCAGCCGGGGGCUGGGGGCUGUGACAGGCAGAGCCAGCAAUUCAUCCCUUGGGUGAGAUGGAGAACACUGGGGAGGCUCUGUGGGUGCCUGGGGCAGGAAUUGGGGCAGGAGAGGUUCCAAAGGGCUCCCAGAGGGAUGAGAGGGAGGCAAAACCCAGCUCUGCAAAGGGCAGAGCUCCUCUGUCUGCACCAAGCUGGGACAUGGACACAACAGGGUCUCACUGUGGGAAAUACCAAACCAGGAGCAGGAGCAGGUCUGGCCCCUCUCUGUGCUGAUCCCACUCCCAAAGGAAGCACUGCUGGACCCACACCGAGCUCCUGGCACCUCAGUGGGACCCUGGGCAGGUUUGUUCCCCAUCCCAAGCACACUUUUAGGGAGCCAAAGCCCUGAUUGUGCCAGCCCAGGAGGGGUGGUGUUCAACACCAGCACCAGCAGCGACCUCCACACCCCAAAAUGGCCCUUGGAGCUGAUCUACCCUCUCACGAGGGAAUUCAUCCCAACCUUCUCUCAGUGCUGAACACCUGAGGAAAGGGAUUUUUGGUGGUAUUUUAUCUGGUACAGUGCUCAAAGCAAUGACAGCAGCAUCCAUGACCACCCGGGGCUGGUUUUUUUUUGUGGGUGCAAGAGUCACUUAAACACAAUUAAAAUAUUCCAGGCUGUUUGCUUUGGUGUGAA